AGGAGUUGACUGUACAUAUAUUGAAGAACAGUGGAUCCAAAUAGUAAGAUAUUGAAGAAUGGAAUUUCAAUGGUUUUGGAUGUCUGUUUCCACAAUGUUAGCAAUAUUCUUGUACAUUUUAGUUAGCAAAGUUGUUCGGAAUUUGAAUGAGUGGUAUUAUGAUAUUAAAUUUAGAAACAAACAAUUUCCACUACCUCCUGGUGAUAUGGGAUGGCCUUUAAUUGGUAAUCUUUGGCCCUUCUUCAAAUAUUUCUCAUCUGGUCGCCGUGAUAUAUUCAUCAACAACAUUAUACGAAGAUAUGGACGAAGUGGUAUCUACAAGACUCAUUUAUAUGGGAAUCCAAGCAUCAUUGUCAUUGUACCAGCUAUGUGCAAGAAAGUCCUAAAUGAUGAAGUAACCUUUAAGCUUGGUUAUCCAAAAGCCAUCACUGUACUAGCAUACAAUAGGGUACUAAAUAAUGAACACGGACGUUUAAAACGACUAGUCACGGCUCCUAUUGCCGGUAACAAUGUAUCAACAAUGUAUCUAGAGCGUAUUGAGGAUAUUGUGAUCAACAAGCUUGAAGAAUUGUCUAGCAUGAAACACCCUGUUGAGUUUCUUAAAGAGAUGAGGAAAAUUUCCUUUAACUUCAUCUUUCAAAUUUUUACGGGCUCUUGCGAUCAAGGUACCAUAAAUAAAAUUUCAGAUUUAUUUGAUGUUAUGGGUAGUGCCUUGUUCUCUUUGAUGCCCAUAAAUGUACCUGGUUUUGCUUUCAACAAAGCACUCAAGGCACGUAAGAAGUUUGCCAAAAUAGUUCAAAAUAUUAUUGAUGAAAGGAGAAUGAUGGCAAAAGAAAGACAAAUCGGUGAAAAGAAAGAUUUGAUAAACAUUCUUUUGGAAAUGAAUGACGAAGCAGGUGAAAAAUUGGAGGACAAAGACAUUAUUGACUUACUGAUAACACUUCUAUUUGGUGGUCACGAUUCAAUUGCAGCUGGUAUGAUGUUGACAAUUAUGUAUCUUACAGAGCAUCCACUUUGUUUGAAGAAAGCCAAGGAAGAGCAAGAAGAAAUCUUGAAAGCAAGACCACCCUCACAAAAACGAUUAAGUAUUGAGGAAAUUCAGAAAAUGACUUAUCUUUCUCAGGUUUUUGAUGAAACAUUACGCAUCACCAGUGUCUUUGCAACUUUUCGAGAGGCAACAACUGAUGCAAACAUCAAUGGUUAUCUCAUUCCAAAGGGAUGGAAAGUGUUAGUCUGGCUAAACGCUAUGCAUAUGGCUCCUGAGCAUCACUCGAAUCCAGACGAAUUUAAUCCAUCAAGAUGGAAUGAUCAUAAUCCCACAACAGGGACCUUUCUUCCUUUCGGGAUAGGUCGGCGACUUUGUCCGGGAAGAGACUUAAGCAAAUAUGAAAUGCUCAUAUUUUUACAUUAUUUCGUCCUUAAUUACAAGUUGGAGCGAAUAAACCCAGAAUGUCCACUUACUAGUUUGCCAUAUAUUAAGCCAACAGACAACUGUCUUGCUAAGGUCACAAAGCUCUCUGAUGCUUAAUUAGUUACAACCUUGCUUGUAUGGCCCUCUAAGAGAUCUUCAAUUUCCUAGUUUGAUGCUAUCUGGGUUGCUACUAAUUGCAUGUAUUAAGCAAAAAUUUGGUUACGAUUAAAAUAGUUGAAUAAACUAAUAUGUAACAAACAUUUUGUCCGAAUAUAUAAAUCUAGGGAUGACUAAAAUUGACAUUACCCUA